AUGGUUUUGUCAAGCAUCUGGUCGGAGCUGCUUUGGAGUAACCAGUCACAGGACAUACCGGCCACCACCACAAACCGAAUCGUCCCGGGCGAACAGUGUGAUCGACCGUGCGUAUCCGGUGAGCAACCCCUAACAUGCCACUUUCACUGGAAGCUGGAGAACUUUGCCAGUAUGGGCUCAUCCUGCUGGGACUGUCGUCUCGGUGUGCGGUCCCACUGUUUUCAUCCCCAGUGCGUGACGACCGAUGGUACGGAGCGUGGCAUACUGAGCAUCAACCGGCAGGUGCCGGGUCCAACGGUGCACGUCUGCAAGCACGAUACGGUCGUCGUCGAUGUGGAGAACCAUCUCGAGGGAGCCGGUACGACGAUCCACUGGCACGGGUUCCAUCAGCAUGCGACCCCAUGGAUGGACGGUGUCCCGAUGGUCACCCAGUGUCCCAUCGCCCAGGGUACAACGUUCCGGUACCGGUUUGAGGCGGUCGAAGCGGGGACCCAAUUCUAUCACUCACACGCCGGUUUCCAGAAGGCGAACGGACACUACGGUAUGAUUGUGGUGCGGAAUCCGGACGAUCUGAACCUGGGCCAGUACGACCACGAUCUGUCCGAGCAUCGGAUCAUCAUCGCGGACUGGACGCGCGACCUGGUGGAGAAGUGGGUCCCGGGCAUCCAGUCCGACUCGAUGCGCAUCGACUCUAUCCUGAUCAAUGGCCGCGGACGAUAUUUUAAUGCAACGAUAGGUUCGCGAACCGAAGCACCACUGACCGUGUAUCGCGUCGAGUACGGCCAACGCUACCGCUUUCGACUGAUCAGCAGCGGCAGCCAGUACUGUCCGUUUCAGUUGCAGAUCCAGAACCACACCAUGCUAAUCAUCGCGACGGACGGUGGAACCGUGCAGCCGGAACAUUCCUUCAACACCCUCGUCUCGAUAUCCGGCGAGCGGUACGAUUUCGUGUUGCAUGCGAACCAACCACCAGGUAACUACUGGGUUCGAGUGCGCAGCAUUGGUUUCUGUGAUCCGAUGCGUGUCGAGGACUUUGCCAUCCUGUCGUACGUGAUGCCCGAGACGGACGACAUCGCCGAGGAGGGUCUCACGGUGGAGCAAACGUUGGCCUUUCCCCGGAACGAACAAAUACCGGCGUUCGAUGAACCGUAUCCGAUCGGGGCGAUACUCAAUCACCAAACCGCACCGUGCUACACACCGAACGAUUCGUACGUGUGUGCCGCCGAUCUGGAAUCGUACGAGAUGUACCGGGACGAGGAGCUCAUCGAUGCCGUACCAGAUCGAAGCUUUCUGCUGGGCUUCUACGUGAAGAGGGCCAACAACAGUGUUCUGUUUUCCGACCGUGGGACCGGCCACUUUGCAACCGUACGGCAAGACUUCAACACGAUUGCGGCAACGAAUAUGAUCAGCUUCGAGUCGACGUCCUUCCCGUUGCUCAUCCAGCCGGAGCUGAUAGUGGACGAGAAUGCCCAGUUCUGCAACGUGAGCCACAAGCCGGCCCACUGCACCGACGAUAAGCUGUGCUUCUGUACCCACCGGCUAAAGGUGAAGCACAAUGAAAUUGUGGAAAUUGUGCUGCUCGAUACGGCACCCGUGGUGCAGGCGUUCUAUCAUCCUUUCCAUCUGCAUGGCCAUCGAUUCAUCGUGACCGAUACGGGCCGGUUCCCGAGCAAUGUCACCAGCGAUCUAUUCGGGUAUCUUCGAAAUCUGCAAACGGUCCGGCGACCGAACGCACACAACCCACCGUACAAGGACACCAUGUCGAUACCGAACCGGGGCUUUGUCAAGAUUCGCUUCCGGGCGAACAAUCCGGGGUUCUGGCUCGUACACUGUCACUUUGAGUGGCACCUUGCCAAUGGGAUGGCGCUCGUGUUGCAGAUCGGUGAGCCAGAGGAGAUGCUGAAACCACCGGCCGAUUUCCCCCGGUGCGGCAACUAUCUACCACCGAUAGAUGGAAUUCAUCAGUUAUCAGGAGCAGCUCAAAUCGACAGGAUGGCCGUGAGAUGUGGUUACAUCGCGACGGCCGUACUAGCAGUGCUCGUGUGCGCCAUCUUCCUCGUACGGUUUCGGACCUACCCGAACGCAAAAUGUCCUUUGGUGACACGAAUUCUCGAUGGCCCAUACCUGUUACAAGCGGCCAUAGUGAACGAAGAAAUCGAAGUGCCAGUGUUACGGCUAGAGCAACCGCAGCAGUUCCACCAACAGCCUACUGUGACAGGUGUCCUGCGUGAUGGCAGUGAGUGUGAUCGCCCCUGCACGACAAACGGUGUGCCGAAGGUUUGCUACUUUCACUGGAUAGCGGAGCAUUACGCGGCGAUGGGAUCUGCGUGUGGUGAUUGCCGGUGGGGUAAUCGGAGCCACUGCUUUCACCCCCAGUGCAUAACGGCCGACGGAAUGGAACGUGGUGUUCUGUCGCUGAACCGCAAGAUCCCAGGACCGACGAUACACGUCUGCCGGAACGAUGUAGUGGUCGUGGAUCUACACAACAUGAUGGAGGGUC